CGACGUGAAUUCGAUGAUACAAUUGGGCUCAGGAAACCUUACGGAGUGUCUUCUCUGAAGCCAUGGGGCGCGUCAACAACAGAACCAACGCAUCGGCGCCGGGAACCGCCGGUAAAUCGGACAUCCGGCGGCUGAGCAACGCCGCGCGUUCGGCAUACUUCGCGAGGAGAGAGGCAGCGAAGAUCUUACGGCGUGUUCUUGAAGGAGAUGCUCAACGUCGAGCCGUCGCCUCCAUCAAGUCACUCGUCUAUGCUCCCUCUGUUAGGAAUAAGAAGGGGACAUUCGCUCUUGUUUGCAAGACACUCAAGUACCUCCCUGUAAUCAAGGAUGUACUGGAGGCUGCCGAUCUAUUGAGCAACAAGUGGAAGAGGCAGAAGGAAUUAAUUUAUGUCAUCAUGUAUGAUAUCCUCCUGGGCCAGAAAGCUCCUUUAGCUGGUGAUGCAGAGAAGUUCCUCAUGCGGCAGCAAAGUGUUUUACAAUCUGUGGUUACACAGCUUUUGUCAAAGAGAAAAGCAAGUAGUAUUGAAGAUUUGAUAGUUCGUGGUAAAAAUCCUGGUGUUUCAAGGCCCCGUUUUAUCCGUGUGAAUACUUUGAAGAUGGAUGUUCAUGCUGCAAUAAGCGAAUUAGGGAAAAGAUAUGCAGUCCACAAGGAUGACAUGGUUCCUGACCUCUUGGUACUUCCCCCAGGCAGUGAUUUACACGAUCAUCCUCUGGUUGCAAAUGGGAGUAUCUUCAUGCAAGGGAAGGCUAGUUCUAUGGUUGCAGUAGCCCUUGAUCCCAAGCCAGGGUGGGAAGUCCUUGAUGCAUGUUCAGCUCCGGGUAACAAAACUGUCCACCUUGCCUCUCUCAUGAAUGGAAAAGGAAGGAUCAUAGCAUGUGAAUUGAAUGAAGACAGGGUCAGACGCUUACAAGAUACUAUCAAAUUAUCUGGAGCGUCUAAUAUACAAGUUUUGCAUGGGGAUUUCCUUAAUCUUAAUCCAAAAGAUCCUUCAUUAUCCAAAGUCCGUGCCAUUCUUUUGGAUCCUUCCUGCUCUGGAUCUGGAACUGCAGCUGCUAGAUUAGAUCAUUUGCUCCCAUCACAUGUUGAAGGCAAGACCUCUGAAGAUGUUGACCUUGAACGACUGAACAAACUUGCAGCCUUUCAGAGAAAGGCUCUGGCACAUGCAUUUUCUUUUCCAGCUGUAGAGAGAAUUGUUUACAGCACCUGUUCCAUUCAUCAAAUUGAAAACGAAGAUGUUGUCCAGUCAAUAUUACCUCUUGCUGAAUCGCAUGGUUUUGAACUGGAGACUCCAUUCCCGCGGUGGCAGCGGCGAGGUCUCCCAGUUUUUGUAGGCGCUAAUCAUUUACUUCGAACCGAUCCCAUUGAAGACAAAGAAGGGUUCUUUAUAGCUCUAUUUAAGAGGAAGCAGGACACGACACACUCAUUUCCCCAAACUUCAAAUAGAGAUAAAAGCUCUAGAAAUCGUGGUGGAAACAUCAGGGACCAUUGGGCAGUAGCAUGUCCUCCUACGAGGAUGUUCAAAAUGUGGUUGUAUACACAUUCGUUGAGGACUCGAUGGAGAAAAAACUGUACUCCACCAAAAAGUAUUACAAGAACUUGAUUAUUUCCAAACCGAAACAUAGUAGAAGCCAAUGAUGUAUUAACCAUGUUAUUUAGACUGAUUAGACAGUUAGUAUUAAUCUGGUUAUUGAUUAAAGAUUAGAUGGCAGUUUAGUUUUCAGUUACA